AUGGCCUUAAGACCUCUGAGAAUCCUGAUGCCUUUCUUCAGCAAAGGCCGACCACUGACUAGCCCUGCCAUUAUUGUGGACCAAGAUAACUGUAUGCUAGCUAUUGGAAGUGAGCCUGUGAGAACUUUCCCUCAAGAAAUGUUGCAGGAAGGUAUCAUAUACCGUAUGGCCUUAAACUUGAUGGAAUUCCAGUUUGCUCAGACUAUGGUUUUUGCUAUUGAGGAAAUAAACAAUAACACAGCACUACUACCAGACCUUUCUCUCGGUUAUAAGAUUUAUGGUGACUGCAGUUCUGUAAACCUGGCUAUGGCAGCAGUAAUGGCAUUGGUAAAUGAUGAGAAUGAAGAAAUAGUGUCAGGUAGUAAUUGUAAAAAAUCAUCUACCAUCUACGCUUUAAUAGGACUUUCUGAAUCACCACUGAGCAUUUCUGUAGCAACAUUUCUUUCUCCAUUUCGUAUACCAAUGGUGAGCUAUUUUGCUACAUGCGCUUGUCUUAGCAAUAGAAAUGAAUAUCCAACAUUUUUCCGAACAAUACCCAGUGAUUACCAUCAAAGUAAAGCCUUAGCAAAACUUGUGAAACAAUUUGGGUGGACUUGGAUUGGUGUUAUACGAAGUGACAAUGAUUAUGGAAUAUAUGGAACGGCUACAUUCAUUGAAGCUGUUCAGAUGGAAGGAGUUUGCAUUGAAUAUACUGCUGCCAUCUCAAGAUACAAUCCACUUGAACAAUACCAUGAAACUGUAAAUAUUAUCAAACAGUCAACUUCUAAGGUUAUUGUUGCUUUCACAUCUUUUAUAGACUUGGAGAUUUUAAUUCAGGAAAUUGCACUUCAGAAUAUUACCGGUUUACAAUGGAUAGGCAGUGAAGCCUGGAUUUCGAAUGCUAAGCUCACAGCUAAUGAAAUGUAUAGAAUUCUUGGUGGAGCCCUUGGAUUUGCAAUAACUAAUGCAGUCAUACCUGGUCUGAAAGAAUUUUUGAGUAAUAUUCAUCCAUCUGACACACCUGCUAAUUCUGUCAUGGAUGAGUUUUGGGAGAAUAUUUUUAACUACACCUUCACUUCCCAAAAUGCCAAUGACACAAACAAACUAUAUGAAGCAGCAAAGCAAUUGAGUGAUAUAAAUAACCAAUACACAGAUGUGUCAGACCUGCGAAUUGCUAAAAAUAUUUAUAAAGGAAUGUAUGCAAUAGCUCAUGCACUACAUGAUAUGUCAAUAUGUCCUACUGCUGAACGGACACAAAAUGAGUGUACAGAUAUUUGGAAAACAAGACCAUGGCAGGUACUUGAGUCCCUAAAAAAAGUCAACUUUACAAUGAUGCAAGGUGAAAGUAUAUUUUUUGAUGGGAAUGGUGAUACAGUGGCCCACUAUGAGUUGUUAAACUGGCAAAUCAACAAAGAAGGAGUAGUCCAGUUGGUACCAGUGGGUAUCUAUGAUGCAUCACUACCAGAAGGACAACAAUUGAAAAUACAUAAUAACAGUAUUAUCUGGGGAGGAACUCAAAAAAAGGUGCCUAGAUCAGUCUGUAGCAAGAGCUGCACACCAGGAACUUUUAAGGCAGUUCAAAAAGGAAGGCCUUCUUGCUGCUAUGACUGCAUCCUCUGUGCAGAUGGAGAAAUCAGUAAUACAACAGAUUCCAUCGAAUGUUUAAAGUGUCCUGAGGAAUAUAGGUCCAAUGAAGAAAGAGAUAAGUGCAUCUUAAAGGAUGUGGAAUUUCUGACAUUUGGAGAAAUCAUGGGAGUAAUACUGACAGUGUUUACACUGCUUGGAACUUGCUUGACUGUGUCUGUAGCAUUCGUUUUCUUCUGCCAUAGACAUACUCCUAUUGUAAGAGCCAAUAAUUCUGAAUUAAGCUUUCUCCUCUUAUUUUCUUUAACAUUAUGCUUUCUUUGCUCCCUCACGUUCAUUGGCCAGCCCUCAGAUUGGUCUUGCAUGUUUCGCCAUACAUUCUUUGGGAUUACAUUUGUUAUGUGCAUAUCUUGCAUCUUAGCAAAAACUAUAGUUGUUUUAAUGGCAUUCAAUGCCACACGGCCUGGGGCUAAUGUCAUGAAAUGGUUUGGGCCAUCUCAACAGAGGUUAAGUGUUUUUAUCUUAACAUUUAUUCAGGUCUUCCUUUGCAUGGUCUGGUUAACAAUUUCACCUCCAUUUUUUUCCUUAAACAUAAAAUCAUAUAAGCACAAAAUAAUUUUUGAGUGUGAUCUCGGUUCAACAGUGGCCUUUUACAUAAUGUUGGGUUAUAUAGGGGUCCUCUCUGCUUUGUGCUUUGUGCUGUCCUUUUUAGCCCGAAAAUUACCAGAUAAUUUUAAUGAAGCAAAAUUCAUCACCUUCAGCAUGAUCAUUUUCUGCGCAGUUUGGUUGACUUUUAUACCAGCUUAUAUCAGCUCUCCUGGAAAAUACACUGUGGCUGUCGAGAUAUUUGCAAUCUUAGCUUCAAGUUUUGCCUUGCUUUUCUGCAUUUUUUCACCUAAAUGUUAUAUAAUACUAUUAAAGCCAGAACAAAAUACAAAGAAAUCUGUAAUAGGCAAAAAAUGA